UUUUUUUCCUUUCUUGGAAAAGUUGUGAUCCAAUCUUGACUCCUAUCCUAUUUUGUUAGGCACAAACUCUUCCUAUCAUAAACACUUUUUCUUUGAAACUGGCUCUUAAAACGUUUCAAUAUGGACCUCUAUUGUCGUUUCUUGUCUUAUGUUUUGAACAUUUUGGUUGGUUCUUUUUGAAUUCUAGAUAGUUUGGUCAUCUGGGUAAUCUUUUUUCUUAUUGAACUUCCCCUGAAAGAUACCGAUUCUGUGUUUUUGUUGUUCUGUGUCUGUUGAGGGAGUUUCAAUAUCUAGCAGUACGAAACAACGAAUCUAAGUUAUUAAGGAAGUUAAAAUUGGUAGUUGCGUUCUGGUUUUGCAUUCUCAACUGUUUUAGUAACUGCUAAGCCUUUUUUUUUUUUUUGCUUGCUCAAGAGUUUUCUUUUUCUUUUCUUAAUUAUUUUCUUGGCUCAGAGGAUUCUCAAAGCAUUGUCUUGGCUCUGUUUUUCACUAUGAAUAAUUCUGGGGCAGCCCCUGAUCAGAUAGCAGCAGUUGAAGUCACAAAAGAGAGAAAUGGAAUUGAUAAAAUUGUGCUUCGUAAUCCUCGAGGAGCUUCAGCUCGAGUUAGCUUGUGCGGAGGACAGGUUCUCUCAUGGAAGACUGAUCAGGGACAAGAAUUGCUAUUCACUAGUAAUAAGGCAAUUUUCAAGCCACCAAACCCUGUGAGAGGAGGAAUUCCCAUUUGCUUUCCCCAGUUUGGAAAUGGAGGAGCAUUGGAGCAACAUGGGUUUGCAAGGAAGAAAAUUUGGAUGAUUGAUGAUAGUCCACCACCAUUGAAUCCCAAUGAAUCCAAUGGUAAGGCCAACGUUGAUUUGCUACUUAAGCCAUCUGAAGAAGAUCUAAAGAUCUGGCCCCACAGUUUCGAGUUUCGACUCAGGGUGUCUUUGUCAGCAGAUGGAAAUCUAACCUUACUAUCUCGCAUCAGGAAUAUUAACGGCAAGCCAUUUAGUUUCUCCAUUGCUUAUCACACAUAUUUUGCAAUCUCAGACAUCAGUGAAGUAAGGGUUGAAGGGUUGGAAACUCUUGACUAUCUUGACAACCUUUGCCAAAAGGAACGCUUCACAGAACAAGGAGAUGCCUUGACAUUUGAAUCUGAGGUGGAUAGAGUUUAUCUCAGUUCUUCAGAUGUUGUUGCUGUUUUUGAUCAUAAGAGAAAACGCACAUUGGUCAUAAGAAAAGAAGGACUUCCAGAUGUUGUGGUCUGGAAUCCAUGGGAGAAGAAAUCAAAGUCCUUGGUGGAUUUUGGAGAUGAAGAGUACAAGCAGAUGCUGUGUGUUGAUGGGGCAGCAAUAGAGAAGCCAAUCACAUUAAAGCCAGGAGAGGAAUGGACAGGCAGAUUAGAACUCUCUAUUGUCCCUUCCAGUUGAAGAAAACUACAGUAAACUCUCUUGAUUUGACAUGAAGAUUCAAGGCAUUUAUCACUAAAUAAACCACAAAUGCUUCUUUCUUGUGGCUACUGCCAUUGUUCAAUCUGUAUUUGUAAUGGAAAGAUGAAUAAAAUCAUAAUCACCCAUUAGGUUAGCGAUGGUGAUAAUGGGCUUACUUCUUUACUACUCCAUUGGAGAUAUUUGUUUUAAGUUUUCUCCAAAGUAGUUGCAUGUAACUAUUUAUAAAUAUCUGCAGAUUUAUGGUAAAUACUUUUUUAUUCAUUGGAAA